AUGUCUGACGAAGUUAUUUGGCAAGUUAUAAAUCAUCAGUUUUGUGCUUUCAAAUUAAAAACAGAUAAAGGUCAAAAUUUUUGUCGAAACGAAUAUAAUGUAUCAGGUUUAUGUUCAAGACAAUCUUGUCCCUUGGCUAAUUCAAGAUACGCAACUGUUAAAAAUAUAGGAGGGAAAUUAUAUCUAUAUAUGAAAACAGCAGAACGUUCACAUAUGCCUUCCAAAUGGUGGGAAAGAAUUAAAUUAUCAAAAAAUUAUUCAAAAGCUUUAUCACAAAUUGAUUCACAUUUACAAUAUUGGCAAAAGUUUUUAAUACAUAAAUGUAAACAAAGAUUAACUAGAUUAACACAAGUUGCAAUCACAGAAAGAAGAUUAGCUUUGAAAGAUGAUGAAAGAGAAUUGGUGACUUCGGCAACUCCAAAAGUUAAAAGAAGAGAGGAAAAUAGAGAAAGAAAAGCUUUAGUGGCUGCAAAAAUUGAAAAAGCUAUUGAAAAAGAACUAUUAGAAAGAUUAAAAAGUGGUGCUUAUGGUGAUAAACCAUUGAAUGUGGAUGAAAAUAUUUGGAAAAAAGUAUUGGGUAAAGUUGAUGAAAAAGAAUUUGAAGAAGAAUUUGAAGAUGAAGAUGAUGUUGAAUUGGUUAGUGGAGAUGAAGAGGACGAUAGUGAUGUAGGUGAAAUUGAAUACGUUGAAGAUUCAGGUGAUGAUGAGUUGGUUGAUAUGGAAGAUCUCGAAAAUUGGUUGGGAGAUUCAAGUGAUGAAAAUAAUAAUAAUGAUACAAGUGACGAAGAAAGUGAUGAUGAAGAAGAAGAACAAGGUAAGAAAAGAAAAUCAGAUACUAAACAAGAUAAAUCCAAGAAAAAGAGAAGACCUAGAGUCGAAAUUGAAUAUGAAGAAGAACCUAUACAAACUAAUAUUACCAUAUAA